AUGGUGGUCAAGAAAGGUCAAUCAGCAACCCAUUUGGGCAAGGAUUCAAAGGUGGAAGUUUGCAGCAAUGAAGAUGGCUUCAAGGGCGCAUGGUUCCCCGCCAAAAUAAUCGACUCGAAACCACUGAUUCCGGCGACGAAGAAGAAAAGGAAGAGCUUUUCCGACGGCAGCAGCAACUCCUUCUCACCCACCAAGGCUGAGGUCCAGUACGAGACUCUGGUCUCUGACGUCGACCCGGACAAGCCCCUGACGGAGUUUGUCGAGUUGGGUCAAAUCCGGCCGGUGCCUCCGGACGACAAUGUCGACAGGCCCUUCGAGCCCGGCGACAAAGUCGACGCCUUUCACCUCGAUGCGUGGUGGCCCGGGGUUGUGAUCAAGCGCGAGGAGGAUGCGUACACGGUGGGGUUCAUGUACCCGCCUGAUCUGCUUGUGCUGCGGCGGUCAGAAUUGCGUUCUCACUGGGAUUUGGCGGACGGCGUUUGGGUCCGAGCCAAAAAGGAGAUGAUGAUGGUAUCAAAUUUCAGCCCUGGGACAGCAGUUGAAAUGAAUCCGGACGAAGAAAGACUAUUUUAUGCUUGGUUUCCAGCAAUUUAUCUUGGUCAACUGGGGAUCGACUCUUUCUUGCUUCAAUAUAAGAAAUCAAACAACAGCGAUGAUAAAAUUGUCGUACGUGGCCAUCAGAUUCGGCCUCAGCCUCCAAAUUCGACUGAAAGAGAUUUUAACUUGUUGGAUAAGGUGGAUGCAUUCCAUGGCAUGGGUUGGUGGGUCGGAGACAUUACAAAAGUUCUUAAAGGAAACAAGUAUGCGGUCACUUUAAGUUGCACGAGGCAGGAGAAGGAAUUCAGCCUUUCAGAAUUGAGGACUCACAUGGAUUGGACUGAUGGAGGAUGGGCUACUAUGAGCCAUGGAAAAUGGAUUACUGAAGUUCGGGAAUUUCACUUUAGAAGGGGGUCUGAAGCACAAUCAAAGCAUUCAUGUCAGAGUUCCAAACGUGAUUAUGAAUUACAAUCAUGUGAGAGUUACGGAAACUCUGAUGUAGGUACCACUUCGAAAGAAAACACCUUGUUCUAG